GGGGCCAUGGCGGCCGCGCUGGCCGCCGCCUGGGCUCUGCUGGCCGCCGCCUUCCUGGCCGCGCUGCUGCUGCUGCUGCUGCUGCUGGGGCGGGCCCCGGCCCCGGAGCCGCGGCCCGACGGCGCCUCCGGCCUCUUCCAGGAUCUCAUCCGCUACGGGAAGACGAAGCGCGGCUGCGGGCAGCGCCCGGCCCGGCUGCGCUUCCUGCAGGCGCCCAAGAGGUGGUUUACUCACUUUUACGUGGUUUCUGUGCUCUGGAACGGCUUUCUGCUGAUCUGGCUUUUCCGAGCCAAGUUCCUUGGAGGGUCGCUCCCAUCAUGGAUUCAGCACGUGCACCAUGUUCUUGGCAGAGCUUCUCAGAGUGAGGAUACUGAUAGUGAGCACUUCUCUGCGCUCCUGGUUCUCCUGCUGCUUUGGCUUCAUAGCUGUCGAAGACUUGCAGAAUGCCUCUGGACCAGUGUGUUUUCCAGUGGCGUCAUUCAUAUCGUGCAAUAUUGCUUUGGACUUGGUUACUACAUUGCCGUUGGCUCAACUGUGCUAUGUCAAGUCCCAACUGACGUCAGGAAUGGAAAAGAGCUUUCUAUGCAGAUCCACUGGUAUCACAUUGUAGGAGUUAUGAUGUACAUUUGGGCCUCUCUUCACCAGCACAGAUGUCUUGUGAUUCUAGCUAAUCUUAGAAAAAAUAAAUCAGGAAAGGUUGUGAGCCUGAGCCACAGUGUACCUUUUGGAGACUGGUUUGAGAGAGUUUCUUGCCCUCAUUAUUUUGCAGAGCUGCUCAUAUAUGUGUCUAUGGCCAUCACGCUUGGAUUUCACAACGUGACGUGGUGGCACAAAAAACGGUGGACAAAGCUGCAGUGGAGGAAUGACUCACGCUCAGCAGUGGAGAUAAACAGACCCAUUCUCUGCAUUAUCUCUUCUGCAACAAAGUGUCUUAAUUCAUUCAUGGAAAACUCCUUCUUUAUCCCUAAACUGGGCGAAUCACGGAAGGUUCUCUGUCUGGAGAGACAGUAGAGGAGAAUUUGCAGAAAAUUAAUGUUCUUGGUUAUGGUUCUGCCAUCCUUACGGUGGGUUACUGGAAUCCCUCGUGUGUUGGAGGGGGCAGUUAUGCAGGAUGACCGUAACCACGACUACACUGGUUUUUAAACAGCCUGUGAAAGCAGAUGUAAUAAACUGCUGAAGCAAAGGACAGAAACCAGUAUCUGACAAGCGUUGCAGGGAAAUUCUGUACUGGAGGGAUGAUGUCGGUCAGCACAGGGUCUUUCUGCACUUAACCACUGAGUAUUUUGGUCCUUUUCAUGAUACUGGAGUGAAUGAUCAGAUUGUAUCAUGUAGCAUAUGGACACGGGUUUCAGCAUGUUUUCUUACAUGCGUGUAUUAUUUUGUAUAUGAGUUUUUAUAUACUUUAUAUACUGUAUAUUUUACGAAUUAUCUAAGUAAAACAGCUUAUUACACCUUCUGUUUCUAUUUUGUAUAGUUUUUCAAAAUUGAGCUGUGUAUUUGCAAAACACGAGCGAUUACUUUGCACAAAAUGUUGUGCCUCUCCUGGCUCUCACAACCCUCUCCCCAUCACCGCCUUCCAUGCCCUCGCUUCACCAUAACAUUAAUAAACAACCCUGUCUCGGGA